GCACGCAGCCCGCGGUUCUUGUGACUGGCCCAAAACAACUCAUAAUAUUCACAUCAUGUCGCUGCUUUUAAACAGCAAGUUACUGUGUUGAAGCUCCUGUUCAAGUAAGACUUUUCAUGUUUUUUCGUUCGUCAAAGUGUUUCAGGAGGAGGCUCCUAAAUCUCUGUAACAGCCCCGGUAGAGGUUUUAGAUACACUGGGUACAGGUAACGUUACCAACCAGCACCCGGUGCGGUACAAGCCAGGCGAUGGUCAAACCUUUAGUCGGUGUAAAACACACUACGUUUAGCCCACGUGUGAGUCAGAGAGAUGCCUCCUAACAAACGGAUCCACAAGAAAACACUUAAACUGGAGUGUGAAUGGAGCUCGUGUCAGGAGUCCUUCAGUCGGAUGGAGAACUUCUGCAAGCACGCGGAGGGUCACCUGAAUGCUUUGAACAUGGCGGAGGAGGACGAAGAAGAAGAAACCGAAGGGGAGAGAAACUGUCUUUGGAAAGACUGUGGUUAUUGUUCUGUGGAGGGUCCUGAAGAGUUGCGAAGACACCUGUUCUUCCACUGUUACCAUACUAAGCUGAAGCAGUUGGGUCAGCAGGUGCUUAAUGCCCAGCCAGAAAUUGGCACCUGCUCCAUCGGCUACCAAAACCACAACAUCAUCCCUGAAAUCCCAGACAAUUUUGUCUGCCUCUGGGACGAAUGUGAGCAACCACCGUAUGAAAACCCAGAGUGGUUCUAUCGCCAUGUGGAGAUGCAUAGCUUGUGCAUAGAUAUACCAGCAGGGGACAGUGAAUUCCCGAUACGCUGUGGAUGGAAAGAUUGCGAAGCCACUGCUAAAGGGCGUCCUAAGCUGCGGGAGCACCUGCGCAGUCACACCCAGGAGAAGGUAGUGGCAUGUCCAGGCUGCGGGGGGAUGUACGCCAACAACACCAAGCUCUUUGACCACAUUAUACGACAGAGCGCCAUGGAAGGUCAGCGGUUCAAGUGUUCUCACUGCUCCAAACGUUUUGCAACAGAAAGACUACUGAGAGACCACAUGAGAACCCAUGUGAGCCACUACAAAUGCCCGCUGUGUGACAUGACAUGUCCAUCACCCUCUUCACUGCGCAACCAUAUUAAGUUCAGACACAGUAACGAGAAGCCAUACAGCUGUGAAUACUGCGAAUACAGGUGUAAGAAUCUGGUAGAUUUACGCAAACACCUGGAUACCCACAGCAGCGAGCCGGCAUUCCACUGUGACGUUCCUGGCUGUGGCUUCACAUCUCGUACCCAUGGCACCUUGAAGAUUCACCAUAAAAGAAGGCAUGAGGGGAACUUUGUAGCUCGCUACAAGUGCCAUGUGUGCAGUCAGUGCUUCACCAGGGGCAACAACCUAACUGUCCAUCUGCACAAAAAGCACCAAUUCAAAUGGCCCUCGGGACACCCCAGAUUCAGGUACAAGGAGCACGAGGAUGGCUUCUUGCGGCUGCAGCUGAUUCGCUACGAGAGUGUGGAACUGACAGAGCAGCUAAUGAGGGAAAGACAAAACAGGCAAGCGGAGGAGGAUGAGGACAGUAUCCAGGCUGAAGGUCAGGAGCUAGAGGAAGAAUCGGCGGUAGCUCCUUCAGAGUUGCAGGAAGAACUGAGAGGGGUGAUGCUGGAGCAGCAGAGGACUGAGGGGCUACCCGUCAAUGCUACAGAGGGCAGUCAGGAAGAGGGCAUGUUGUACAUUCUCACUGGAGGUUUAUCACAAACAGGGGAGGACUCUGUCAUGCAGCAACUCCAGGAUACCGCUCAGCAGCAAGGAAUGCAGGCGCUUUGACUGCCACAACAUCCUGCAUAAAUGUCCUACACAUGAUGGGACACUCUGUAACCUCUGUUUUAUGGAUACACGGCAAGUGUAUAAUGGGUGCUGGUACAUAGAUGUAGCUGAAAGUGUGGCACUGGAUAAUAAAUUAAAAUGUCUAAAUGAAGGGAUGCAUACUCCAUGAUGACCCAUCGUGACUAUAAGCCUAUAUUAGGUAAUAAACCAGUUUUUAUGUCUUUUGUUUGAUAAUGCUGAGCUUGUGGACCCAUUUCAAAUUAUUUUCAGUUUAUUCAGUGUAUCCCAUACUGUAAUAUCUUCAAAUAGUUGGACACUAAUACUGCACUGCCUAGUGGGUGGCUAUUCUCUUUGCUUAAAUUCAGAAAUACAUAAGCCAUACCUUUUUGGAAGAUUGAGUUUCAGGAAUAUCAUUUUAGCAUUCAUAUUCACCAAACUGUGGAAUCCAGUAGAGGGCCUACUUCAUUAGGUCACAGAGUGUGUCAUUUUUUUACGCUUGAUCUGCUGCUUGAAUAAACAUAAAAACACCUUGU